AUGGAAUCCAGGGACACAAAUUCUAAUGGAUCAAACAAAGUGUUGACCAGGCCGUGCAACCCCCCGGCAGAAAACACUACCACCUCAACAGACACUCAGAAUCCUACCUCUACCGCUUGCAUCUCCUGUCGUGAGAAGCAUUUGAAAUGUGAUGGGUUGCGAAAGUGUACUCGAUGCACUGCCCAGGGUAUAACUUGCCGGUGUGUGGAGGCAUUUUACCAAUACUUCUACGAUGCACACCCAUUCCUACCUCCACGGCACCACCUCCUUCAAGUGCUGAAAACAAAUUCUAUGGAUCAUCUUCAGACGGCAAUAUAUUACGUUGGAUCUCGAUACGUAUCUGGUGCAUCAGCCGCCUCUUUCGCCAUCGAAUUUGAAUCCUUCCUAUUAGGAACCAAGCCUGCACCGAAGGAUGAAUCUAUGGUCCAAGCAAUGCUUCUCUUCGCACUUGGAUUGGACGGCAAUAACGAGCAAACAAAGGCCAUUGAGAUUCUUAUCAAGGCACAAAACUUGGCUGUAGAGCUCGGCAUGAACCGGCGAGAGUUUACAAUGGUCAAUGGACGGGGAUCAUCAGUUUACGAGGAAAGUCUUCGAAGGACUUGGUGGGAACUGUAUGUUGUAAGCACAAUGAUGACGGGAUUUCAUGGAAGCGAGAUAUUCCAUCAGCAGGACCCUCUGUCAAACGUACCUUUACCGUGCGAAGAAAAAGAAUUCGCAUCGGGAUUUAUACCACCACUUCAUUCAAUCGACCAGUUUGAUGAUGGGUCUUUCGACAGCGAAGAAAUAGCCUGGUCCUCGUAUGCAUAUCGAAUUGCGGCGGCACGAAACCUGGAUAGAGUACUGCAGUCAAAAGAAAUUCUAUUUCCAGAUGAUCCAGCCUUAUACAAAUUGGAAGCCCACUUAACAAACUGGCAUCUCCAUCUCCCUGACAAUAAAAGAAAUCUAUUCGACCAGUUUGGGAUAUUAGAUGAGAUGCUGUUUCAGGCACACAUGAUCGCGAACGCGAGCACAAUGCUACUUUACCGACAUUUCUCUCCUCUCGAUGGUCUCACCGUCCGGACAAUUAAAUCUUGCACGGGAGAAUCCAAAGUCCCUGUUGCGCGAGCGUCAGAUAAUAUGCACACAAUACGGACCAUACAAGCAGCGUCGAAUAUCAGCAAGCUUGUCAGUUUCCCUGGACCCUUGGUAAAACACACGCACUUCUUCGUCUGUGCCCUCACCCUCUCAUCCAUUACCCACCUUUCACUCUGGGCAACAUUGCCUGUGAUGUCUCCAGAUCAGGAUCUGAGACAGCAAAUACGAAUGAACGCAGGAGCUUUAAAAGCCGUAGCCCCCUUUUGGCCUUCUGCUGAGAUUGGUCUUCGGCAGGUGACGAACGUUGCUCAGAAGAUCUUCGCCAACCGGAAAGAUGCUGUUGGAGAAGUGUUUUGGCGUGACUUCAUCGAAAAUGACUUCAUGAGUGGUAUGAUAGAGAAUCCCAGCAAUGGAAGCUAAUUCGCUCGGGAACGAGGGCUUGUAUUAAUAUUCCUUGAACGACCUUUACUCUAAGCAUCUCCACGCCGAGCUGUAACGGAUUGCGGAAUCUUGGAAUCACCGAAAUCAGUCCCGGGCUUUU